AUGCCCUCCCCGUGCAUGUGCAAGCGCAUCCACCCGUCUCAGAUGUCUGGCACCUUCUGGCUGGGCUUGAACCGAAGCUUCUGCGUGGCGCACCUCCCCCGCAGCAUUGCCACUCUCACUCUCAAAGUUGACCCGCCACAAGGCACUGCGGAUCCCAAGAGCAACACCGAAGCCGAUUCCUCUCCAGGCACUAGCGAGGUGACCUUUGAGUCGACUCAGAAGUCUGAUUCCAAGUGCAGCAGUGGAGAAGGAGACUCCUCUCAAGGCACUAGCGGCGAUUCAACCGACAGCGCCGAAGGAAAGGGUGAUGGGGACGGGGAUGGAAAGAAGAGGGACGUGAAAGCAGACCGGAAACGAGCAAGGAGUGGAAAGCAGGAGCCACAGGAGGGGGGUUUGGAGGAGGGAGAUUUGCAGCAGCUGCUGGGGGAGAGGAGAGCGGUGAUGGGGGGGGUGUAUGCAGUGGGGGAGGGCGAAUGGCGGGCUACCUACCUGCCGCACAAGACGGGGUUGAGUGGCGGGUGGAGGGGGUUUGCUUUGGAUCAGGAGCUGGAUGCGGGCGAUGCCGUGGUGUUUGAAAAGAUUGACCAAGUCACACUCAAGGUUCACAUCUUCCGAGCAGUGGACUUCGAGGAGGAUGCCAUUGCGAUCAAUUCGGAGGACAGGCCAGCAAAGACCAAGAGGAAAACCAUGAGCUGA